GGUGGGGGGGGGGAGAAAAAAAAAGUACCAGCGAGUGUGAGGUCAGCAGCAUAGCAUGAGUCAACCUUGGGGAUGUAUGCAGUCAUCAUCGCGGGUCUGUCUGUCUGUAUGGUGCGGGCCUGCUGCCGCUGCUGGCCGCGCAGAGCUGCGAUGUGUGCGAUCCUGCAGGGCUGAGCCGCCGUUAGUAGCAGCUUUCAUGACCAAAACCAGCAGGUGUUGCCCAUGAAUGAGAAAAACAGGCAGACUUCUUCAGAUCUGCUCACCCCAGGCCGGCGACCUCUGAGUUGGUCACAAAGAACUUCAGAGGGGAAGAGGCGAUUACCCUGCUUGACUUCGCCACUGAUGUCAAUGUAGUUAUUUUACUGUGGUUGCCCUUUUGAUUUUUUUGGAUUGAUAUAUUCAAGUGAUACCCAGUGGAGCAUUAAUAGCUGGUUUGCUUGGAAAUACUCACCUGGCUCGGCUUAUUCAUGCCCGUCAUGAGCGUACCAGCCCAGCAGAAACCCAGCGCCAAAAGAACUGGCAAACGCAUCACGUUUUUCAACGAACAAAGCAUAGCAAUGAAGGAGAGUUCUCAGCACCCUGAGGGGUCGUACUAUGUUCCGGGUGGCACUGCCUCAGACCCCGGACAGAGCGAGGCUGCAAGUACUGUCACCUCCAAUCCAGAGGGCCCUCACAUGUACCUAAACUCGGUCAUAUUCAGCCCAGAUAAGGGCGACCAGAGCAGGGGUCAUUAUCAGCAGACUGUGCCUAUGAAGUGGGCGCACCAGGAGCCCAGUCAGCAGCAGCCAUCUCUGUCCCAGCAGCAGAGAGCUGCCUCGUGGAAUACCAUGACUAACUGGGGACAAAACAUUGCUAAUUACAUCGGAGGAGUUAAUGUAACGGACUCAAGGACCCAGAAUGCAUUUGCAAAGUCUAUGCAUGAGACUUCUGGCUUACAGCCACAUCAGCAGCCCUCUAACAGAACUGCAGACAAGUUGCCUCUAGGGCCUAACCCUGCAGUUGAUGCAUACAGGGAUGCAGUCAAGGCUCGGGGACUGGAGUGGGAGCAGCAGCAGCAGCAGUCCCAGGCCUUUCAGGAGACCUUGAAACCUGGGGCACUGAACACCCAGCAGCACAGCACAUCCCACCCAGGAGGAAGCUCAGUCUUGCAGCCCUUCCAGUUGGCCUUUGGUCAACCCAAGCAGCACCUGCCACCCUACUACCAGACCUUUCAAGGCAACAGGACAACCUUACCUAAUCCACCUAUCUAUUCCACACAAGCAAAACCCCCUCACCAGUUGCAGCAGCUGCAGAAGCAAGAGCAGAUCCAACGCCAGCAACAGCAGCAGCAGCAACAACAACAACAACAACAACAACAACAACAUCACAUAAUCCAGCAACAAAUUCAGCAACAGCAUCAUCAUCAAAUGCAGCAACAACAAAUCAUUCAACACCAACAGCAUGUACAGCAACAGCUACAGCAGCAGCAACAAAUGCAGCACGAGCAGCAGCAACAAAAGAUACAGCAGCAGCAGCAACAGCUCCAAAUUCAGCAACAAAUGCAACAUCAGCAGUUGCAACAACAAAACCCUCAUGUGCUUGACUAUUACCCUGGUGCGCAAAAUGCACACCCUCACCCACAUCCACAGCCUGUGGUGGUACACUCCCAGGAGUCCUCUGCUCCAGCUCCCCCAAAGAUCCAGGAACCAAUUAUCCAGGACAUCACCCCAGAACCCCAGCAGCCUUCAGAUCCACUACAGCCCCCUCUCCUGUCUGACCCCCUGUCCCAGUCACAGCCCCAGACACAACUCCAAUCUCAAACCCACCUUCGCAGAUCACGACGGUUAUCCAAGGAAGGUGGGGCGCCAUCCGACAACCCCUUUCUCUCCGUCUCUUCGGAUCAGGCUGCCCCGGGGCCGCAGGGCUCGCAGAACGGGGCCCGUGACAUCCAGGCGGCCCCGACAGGCGUCAUCCAGAGCACGCGCAGGAAACGCAGGGUGUCCCAGGAGGUCAACUUGGAGACCCUUGCUCAGAAGGCCUCCGAAAUGGAGUCUCUACCACCACAUGUUGUAAAGGAACCCCGCCGGCCGUGGAGUCCCACUGACUCAGAGGGUCUGAAUGCCAAGCGGCCCCGAGACGACAGCCUCGUUCCACUCGUCAUCCCCGUGUCCGUUCCAGUACGAAGGAAGGAACCCUCUUCUCCUGAUAGAGAUGAAGCAGCCCUGGCCUCCAACUGGCCCCCCAGGCCUUCAAAUCCCCAGGACCUCGGCCGCGCUGACCACAAGCCUUCAGUCAUUGUCACCCGGAGACGCUCACUCAGGAACUCCUUGUCCGAGAGCUCAGAGCAGAAUGGAGGAACUGAAGGAGAGAACGAUGACGGCAAAAAGUGCAAACGGCGUCCCCGACCCGAGCCUCUUUUCAUCCCACCACCUAAACCCAGUUUAUUCAUUGCCCCCUCUGUCUACUCAAUCACACCCUACCAGAGUCACCUACGUUCCCCCGUUCGCCUCGCAGAUAACCCCCUCACCAUACCUCCCUACACGCCGCCGCCAAUCCUCAGCCCUGUGCGUGAGGGCUCUGGCCUGUACUUCUCCACCUUCCUGUCCACUGCUGCAGCUGCUGCAGCCAGCGCCCAGGGCCUGCCACCUCCAGCAACCCCCAAGUCGGCAACACGCAGCCUGUUGCGCUCCAACAGCUGCGAUAUCACACCACCAGUUCUGUCUGCUAUGAGUGAGGCCACUCCAGUCAGCAUAGAGCCACGGAUAAAUAUUGGGUCGCGGUACCAGGCGGAGGUGCCAGAGCUGAGGCAGCGGUCAGCUGUUGAGCUGGAUCAUCAUCGAGCUGAGCUGGUCUGGGCUCCACUGACUGAACUGGAGGAGAAACCCGACUACCAGGAGAAAGUGGAAGACCUCAUGCACCUGGCCUGCUCCAGUGUUUUCUGUGGAGGAGGCACCAACCAGGAGUUAGCCCACCAUUGUUUGUACGAGUGCAAAGGGGACAUAAUGGCUGCGCUGUCUCUCCUGAUGCUGAAGAAUCCAAUUUUCCCCAAGUCUCAUCACCUGGCAAACUACCACUACUCAGGAUCCGACAGCUGGACCGCAGCUGAGAGACGCCAGUUUAACAAAGGCAUCUCUGCGUACAAGAAGGAUUUCUUCAAGGUGCAGAAACAGGUGAUCACCAAGUCGGUGGCGCAGUGUGUGGAGUUUUACUACACGUACAAGAAACAUGUCAAGAUCGGCCGCAACGGGACGCUGACGUACGGAGAGGUUGAGCCUCUUGAGAGCAGGACCACUGAGGAGGAGAUGGACCACAAGGGCUCUCACAGAUUGGAGCCACAACGGGAGGAGGACAGCAGGAACUGGGAAGGAUCAGCUGACAGGAAACAGGAAGUCGGCCCCACCAGGGUGACACACACGUUGCAGUCCACUGAGAACCCUGGGACCGUCCUGAUCAUGAAAGGCCAGGAAGACGCGGGGCGGGACCAGCCGCUGUCCCGGGUCAUCCAACCACCUCAUCCACCCCCUCCCAGCGCCAAGUCACGCUACGACAGCAACGCACGCAAGACCAGCCCUUCAACAGGAAACAAAGGCACAGCUGGUCAAGAGGGAGAGUUCCCCUGCAAGAAAUGUGGCAGGAUCUUCUACAAGGUGAAGAGCCGCAGCGCCCACAUGAAGAGCCACGCCGAGCAGGAGAAGAAGGCCGCGGCACUACGCCAGAAGGAGGCGGAGGAACGAGCAGCCGCGGAGGCCGCCGCCCUCCUCGCCGCACGGCAGCAGAACGGGACGCGACAGAUAGGCGGGGACAGCACCAACGACGACUCGUCAGACGGGGAGGACGAGGACGACGAGGACUGGAAGUAAGAGAAAGGCCGCACAGACUGACUGCUCCGUGCAGCGUGGCUAUCUCUCUGGAAUGGAAGAAGGAAAGUUUGGAGAGAAGAAAAAAAAAAAAGAAUCCCUCCUGUGAACUUUGUGUAUAUUUUGUGGAACAAGAAGACUUCCGUUGCUUGGCACAUUCAGGGACAGAUUUACUCCCAUGUAUGUGUUUGUGAAUGCGUGGACUGUGUGUGUGUGUGUGUGUUUGUGAAUGCGUGGACUGAGUGUGUGUGUGUGUGUGUGUGUGUCUGUGUGUGUGUGUGUGUGUGUGUGUGAGAGAAUGUGUGUGCUUUUCCAAAACUCACCAACGCCCCUUUACUCUGCUUGAAAAGCUUUUUUUCAAGAGUUACCUCUCUUGGUCACAGGGCUCGGCCAAAUCAAAGCCAUGCCGCCACUCUCGGCGCUGUCCUGCUUUUACCACGCCAGGCCACGGCCUUCCUCAGCACUUCGAGUCUCUCGCCGCCUCCUUUUGUCAGACGCGGGAACUUGUUGGACUCCCUUUUUUUCUUUCCCUCUCUCGAUGAGCCACAGCACGCGCUUGCCGCAUCCCGACUGGAUGAAGUUUUGGCGAUAUGGACACUGAAAUCUGACAGCUGGGGGAGCGCGGCGAGGCGAACGAACGGAGGGUCGUGCUGUUAGUUUCUCUGCUCUAAGACGGACAGAUGGAUGGAUGGAUGGAUGGAUGGCAUGUGCAAACUGUUGCCUUUGUUUCGCCGCUCUUCUGCACUCAAGGCUGCCAAAAGCUUUCUCAGACGCAUGUUGUGCACCAAAUGGGUUCCCUCUCUCUUUCUCUGUGAGCGUUGUUCAUUUGGGCUUUAGUUCUGUGAAUCCCUCUUCAGCCCUCGUCACUUUUUAUAGUUCCCAGUUUGUUCCUCACUGUUGAUGCCUUGGAUGUUUUUGAUGCUUUUUAUCUUGAAAUGACAAUCAAUUUUACACUGUUGUUUUUUUUUUUGUUUUUUUUUAUAAAUAUAUAUAUACAGGUAAACGUUACUUUUUCUGCCUGUGUAGCUAUAUAUGGUUAUUGCUGUUGUUUUUGUGAAUAUUCUUGUUGAUUAUUAUUAUUAUUAUUAUUAUUAUUAUUAUUAUUAUUAUUAUUAUUAUUAUUAUAAUAUCCUGUUUUGGGCUGCAAUUUAAUUGAGCGCUUUUCCGUUCUUGUCCAUAGCUUCUUCUCCUCCUUUUUUUUUUUUUUUAUUUAAACAAAAAACAAAAAUAAUGCUACUUGCUGCCUGUUUAUAACUGUGAGAUUUUUUUGGAAGCCAGAAAUGAAGAAAAGGCAGAAACAUAUGUGCAAUAGAACAAGUUGACCCCACCCCCUGUUACCAGAGCGUCCAAGCCCCCUCCCCCCCCCCUCUCUGUCAUGCUUAUGACUGGCUGCUCUGGAUGCCUCUCUGUCAAACCCUGUAACUGAUAGGAGGCACUGACUCGGACUGUUGAAACCGCAGGUCUCUGUAGAUACACAACAAAGUGGGGAAAGACAACAAACAGCACAAAUGAGAUCAAGACACAUUUUGGAAGCCGAUACCAACAUUCAUGACACACUUACUA